UAGUUUAUUUCCUUUAUCGGAAUUAAGUCAUAUACAUUAUAUCGGCAAUAAUAUUGGUUGUUUUUUUAAUCUAACUUCCAGGAUUGUUAAAAAACAUCCAUUUGUGUUUUUCUGUUAACAGAGAACUUCAAUAUUUGUGUAUGUAUGUGCGAAUGUCUACUACUUACAUUAUAAAAGAUAAAUUCGGUGCUCACAGCACCUAGAAAUGUACCAGAUUUGGCGCAGUCGUGUCUGCCAGUCGGAUCAGAUUACAUGUGCAGACAUUGUGACUUCAAUAAUCAAUGUGAAUUUCCCGGGAUGACCUGCUGAUGUCAAUCCAGAACUGUGUUAUUGACACAGCACAAUAUACGAAGAAGAGGGGAGGGAGACACUACAAACUCCCCUCCCAUCAACAGCAGCAACAACGUGCUGUGUGUGUGCACGCGCGCGCGUGUGCGCGUGUGUGUGUGCGGUCAGACGCCUGUGCAAACGCGCAGUCAGAGAGACCUCCCCAGUCCACACUGGUUCGGUGUUUGGAGCUAACCUGUGGGUCGACGCGCCGCUGUGCAAAGCAUGAGAAGUUGGAUCCCGCAGUUCAGAGGACGAGUGAGAGGAAGGUGCGCACCAGCGAGCUGAUCCCUCAGGGCUGUCCGUAGGGAACCAUGUGCAGCUCCCUGAGCCCCAAACAGCCCUGUGGCCCCGGCCUCACAGACAUGCAGCAGUACCACCAGUGGCUGGCCAGUCGACAUGAAGCCAGCCUGCUGCCUAUGAAGGACGACCUGGCCCUAUGGCUCACUAACAUUCUUGGUCUGGAAAUCACCGCCGAGAGCUUCAUGGAUCGCUUAGACAAUGGCUUCCUGUUGUGCCAGCUGGCUGAGACACUACAGGAGAAGUUCAGGCAAAGUAAUGGAGACCUACCCGCCCUUGGCAACACCAAGAGUAUUCCCUCUCGGAGGAUACCAUGUCGGCAGAGUGCUCCCUCUGGCUCUUUCUUCGCACGGGACAACACAGCGAAUUUCUUGGCCUGGUGUCGUGAGGUUGGAGUUGGAGAAACAUGUUUGUUUGAGUCAGAGGAUUUAGCAGUAGAUGUGACAACACCAGUUCUUCACAAGCAGCCACGAGAGGUGUGCCUCUGCCUUUUAGAGUUGGGACGGAUUGCAUCACGGUACAAUGUGGAACCUCCUGGCCUUAUAAAGCUGGAGAAAGAGAUUGAACAAGAAGAGAAGGCGCCUCUGCCUCCUCAAUCAGCCCUAUCUCCAGUUCAGCCCCUCCCUCCAUCUCCUGCUUCAUCUCCUUCCCCAUCUCCUUCCCCAUCCCCGACUCCUCCCAAAGUGACUUCCAGCAAGAAAAGUACAGGAAAGCUGUUGGAUGAUGCUGUAAGAAAUAUCGCGGAUGAUCCCCCCUGCAGGUGUCCAAAUAAAUUCUGUGUGGAAAGACAGUCACAAGGUCGAUACCGUGUUGGAGAGAAGAUGCUCUUUAUCCGAAUGCUGCACAACAAGCACGUGAUGGUGCGCGUCGGUGGAGGCUGGGAGACCUUCGAGAGCUACCUGCUGAAACACGACCCGUGCCGCAUGCUCCAGAUUUCCCGAGUGGAGGGCAAGACGUCCCCUUUCAGCAGCAAGUCCCCCAACAUCAAGGACCUGACCCCUGACAGCUACCUGGUGGUGGCAGCACACUACCGCAGCAAAAAGUGAAGACGCGAGACGGACAAGUGCCAAUGACCGAAGGACACGGAAGACGACUUCUUUCUGUUGUCUCCUCCACACUAAAUGGACAUGGUUGUCCAACAUGUGCCUGGUUUUUAUAGAUCAUGGAAAGCUCACUCGUGUAAUAGUGAUGCCUGGUUUUCUCGGUUAAAAAGAAAUCAACCAGAUGGAUGUUUGUGAUCAGGUAAGGCCUGCAGUCAAACAAGGCCAUAUUUGAAUUACAAUAUGAUGAGUUAACUGGGUACAAGUGAAGCUGUACAAUUAUGUUGAGAGUUGUUGUUUUUUUUCCAUUGUAUUAUAAGCAAUAUACAGUAUCGCUUUUUGUAGGUAGAAUAUUUUUUAUUUUUAGUGCCAAUGCUCUUUCAAUGCAGCCAUCCGUGCCUAUAGUACCUGUCUGCAUUUGUACAUCUGAGGUUUCAGGACCUUGAGGAAGCCAGUGUUCCUGGGCAACCUGGAGGGAAUUCCUUCAUUUGUGUGUAUGUUAUAGCAGACAGGAAGAAGACAUUUUCUACCAAGGCAUUGUAUUUCAUUUUUUUUCUUUUUCUCUUUUAAAAAAAAAUUGUCAUUUGGCAUGUAUUGCUGUCCUAAAUGCCUUACAGUACACUGAAUAGAUGAAAGGUUCCAGUGGACACCACACCACGCUUCAAAUUGAACUGGCAUUAGCAGAGCAACUCUUACAAUCCAAAGCUGUGCAAUGAACCACAUAUUUACAUGCCAGUCAAAUGCAUAGUAUUAAACUUAUCACAUCUCAACUACAAACCAAACAUUGGUCCUAAAAUGUAAUGGCUUUUACUUGUUUACAUGUGUAUAACUAUUUUAUGCAAAGCAUUUAUAUACUUAUACUUAUAAUUUCUUAGUAAUUAUUCAUUGUUAGGAUAGCUCCUGUUUUAUGUCAUUUUUGUUGUAAGAACAUAGACAAUCACCUGCACAAGUUGCAGUAUGUCAUUGAACAGAACCUCAAUGGUAAUAAAACAGCACAUAUACUCA